GCCACGGAAAGUCCUUCCAAUCCAAAAGCUGCAAUGAGACGAUUUCUUUCAGCGCGUCUUUUGGAAGGACAAGCCCGACGUCUGUCGGCGGAUGGAGAGCUGCCUUCUUCUGGGUGCCAUUUCACCGAGAGAGGAGCCUCGAGCAGCGGGUAAACAAACAGCAAGGACAACGACUACGAGCGAAAAGGAGAACCCGCGUCGUUCGAGGAUUCUUCUUCUUUUUUUUUUCCCCUGAAUGAAGUCAACACGGCUAAGACUCUGAAAGCGGACGGGGGACGCCAUUUACCAGGAGGAAAAGUUCCACCGGACGGCCAUCCAGCGUCUCAGCCAUGGAGGUGGCAACGGCGGCCGAUCAGUCCCGAUGGAUGGCGCACCACCACGCCGUGCUCAACGGCCAGCACCCGGACUCGCACCAUCACGGCUUGAGCCACAACUACAUGGAGCCCAUGGCGCCGCUGCUGCCCCAAGACGAAGUGGACAUGUUUCUGAACCACUUGGACUCUCAGGGGAGCCCCUACUACAGCAACUCUCGGGCCAGGGUCACCUACGGCCAAGCGCACGCUCGGCUCGGCGGGAAUCAGGUCUGCCGACCGCACCUGAUCCACAGCCCCGGCCUGCCGUGGCUGGACCCGGGCAAGGCCGCCCUGUCCGCCGCCGCGGCCGCCGCCGCGCACCACCACCACCACCACCAUAACGCGUGGGCGGUGGGCCACUUCAGCAAAGCCGGCCUGCACGCCACCAGCUCGGGCUACUCCUGCGGCGGCGGGGGCGGCGGCGGCGGCGGCCCCGGCGCCGGCGCGGCUCCGGUGUCUACUCUCGCCCCGGCGACCCACUCCAGCCCGCACCUCUACAGUUUCCCCCCGACGCCGCCCAAAGACGUGUCGCCGGACCCCGGGCCCACCUCGCCCACCUCCGCGUCGAUCCGCAUGGACGAGAAGGAGCCCCCCCUCAAGUACCCGCCGUCGCUGGCGGACGGCAUGAAGAUGGAGAGCUGCAGCCCGCUGCGCGGCGGCCUGGGAUCGGUCAACGGCGGCCCGGGCCCGGCCACGCACCAUCCCAUCCCCACGUACCCGGCCUACCCGGCUCUGCACGCGGCGGCCCACGACUACGGCGGCGGCCUCUUCCACGCCGGCAGCCUGCUGGGCUCGUCGGCCGGCUUCGCUCCCAAAUGCAAAAGCAAAGCCCGCUCGAGCUCAGAGGGCCGCGAAUGCGUCAACUGCGGCGCCACCUCCACCCCUCUGUGGCGGCGGGACGGCACCGGCCACUACCUGUGCAACGCCUGCGGACUGUACCACAAGAUGAACGGCCAGAACCGACCGCUCAUCAAGCCCAAACGCAGACUGUCGGCCGCUCGGCGCGCGGGCACCUGCUGCGCAAACUGCCAGACCACCACCACCACCCUGUGGAGGCGCAACGGGAACGGAGACCCCGUGUGCAACGCCUGCGGCCUGUACUUCAAACUGCACAACGUCAACAGACCGCUGACGAUGAAGAAAGAAGGCAUCCAGACGCGCAACCGCAAGAUGUCCAGCAAGUCCAAGCGGAACAAGCGAGCGGGCGACGGCUUCGAGGAGCUGACCAAGUGCAUGCAGGACAAGGCCUCCCCCUUCGGCCCCGCCCCCGGCCUCGGCGGCCACAUGACCCACAUGGGUCACUUACCCCCCUUCGGCCACUCGGGACACAUGCUGCCCACUCCCACGCCCAUUCACCCUUCCUUCGGCCCCCCCCACCACAGCAACCGCUCGCCGGUUUGGGGGGAGCCGCAUUGAGCCCCUCUCCCCCCCUGUCGGAGCCGCCGCCUCGCCGACAACUCUCAAGGCCCGCCCCCUUCCGGAGUCUCGCCUCGCAGUGGAUGGAAAGCCAAGCAGGGGGGAGCAAAAGCAGGAUCGCGGGAACCGAGGUGCCCGCCUCUCCUCGGCCCUCAGCGGAGGUCUUCAAAAGUUGCCGCUUGGCCACGCCGCCCCCCCCCCCCCUUCGACUCGGACCCGGGCUGAAAAACGCCUCGCUUUUUGUCAAGCGGUUGCAUGACCUCCACUUGAAAACCGGACCUGGAUGCAGAGGAUUUGUUUUUCGUGCAAGCACUUGACAAAUCACACGGCAAUUCACCCCCCCCCCCCCCCCCCCCGGGCAUGUGCACCCUCUCCAAACGAAAACCCGCAAGGACACGUGGAAUGACAGAGCCUCUGCUUCAAAGCAGCGGGGCCAGACUGCAGUCAGUGCGCGCACACACACACGCGCACACGCAUCGCGCGCCACGGCGCUCCUUUUUAAGGACUCCUUUUUAAGGACUCCUUUUUAAGGACUCAACAAUGGCCUUUUAUUGGGGGGAUGGGGAGAAAGACAGCGCAAAGAGAGUGUUUAUUAAAUGCCUGAUUGCUAUUACGGUUAUCUUUGAUGUUAUAAUUAUUGCUGCGAUAAUUUAUUUUCACGCUUUUGUCAAAGACAUACGGAAAAUGUUUGGACGUGGAUUUCACGGCGAUGACGCAAAGGAAGACCACCGGCUCAGAGAUAAAAAAAAUUCCCAGAGCUGUGCGUUUUGAUCAUUAUUUCCAUCACGCAAAAAGUGAAGAAAAUAAAGUUUAAUACUUCAACGGUAUGUCGUUGCUUCUUAAA